AGAAACUUAGGUGCCGUUGUAACGGUAACACUACCAUAGCCAAACCUAGUACUACUACUGUUAAGCUGAACUAAUUGGACAUUUCUGCAGAAAGCCAGAAACAUGUCUUUGCAGUUAGUGAGGAGGAUUUUAUUUAGACCGGCUAUAUACAGAUAUGGCCACAAUUAUCAGAAUCGACCACUAUGCUCAGUACCGCCAGAUAAUGCUCCAGGGAGUAAAGACCCUCCUGGUGAUAAAAAGGAAUUGGACUUGAAGAAAGUUCAAGAAAGGGAAGCACAACGUAGUGGUAGUAAACCUUCAGAACCUUUAGAAAAUACAGCAGAAUUGCAGCAGAAAACUGAAGCGUCUGUGGAGCAACAGGGUAAAGAAUCAAAGGAAGUUGAAGAAAUUAAACUUGAUACACAGCAGAUAUCUGAAUUGGGGAAGCUUGGAAAAACAGAAUUAGACCCUCAACAAAUUCCUGAAGCUUCAGUGGAGCAACAUGUCAGUGACUCUAAAAAAUUUGAAGAGGUUAAAAUUGAAGCCCAACAAAGCCUGGAACCUUCCGUGGAGCAACAUGUCAGUGAAUCUAAAAAACUUGAAGAGGUUAAAAUUGAAGCACAACAAAGCCCUGAACCUUCUAUGGAGCAACAUGUCAGUGGAUCGGAGAAACUUGAAAUGAAAGUUGAAACCCAACAUAGCACUGGACAUGUGGAGGAAAUGAAAGUGGAAGCCCAACAGAACAUUGAACCUUCUGUGAAGGAACAGGCUAAUAAAUCAGAGACACCAGAAAAAAGUAAAGUAGAAGCUUUGCAGAAUGUUGAAUCUCCUUUGGAGCAAACUGACACUGUACCCACUGUAAGUGUUGAAGAUGAGAAGCGAGCAGCAGCAAAGAAAAAACUGAAUGAUCUAUUGAUAUCCUUAGCAACAACAGAUCCCGUACCAGUUGAACCAAUUUCAAGAAUACAGUUAUCCAGACCAAAAGCUAGACCUAAGCCAGCCAAGAAAAAGAAGGAGGCGAUGAAAGAAAAAGAUGCAGUCCCUGCAUCAGAGCCAUCUAUGGAAACUCAAAUUGAACCUGAACUGGUUGAGGCUGCUAGAGAUGUUGCUGAGAGUUUGGGUGGUGAUGUGAAGACCACAGAAUCAGAACUUUUGUCAACUCUUAGGUCUCAUGCUGCUGAAUCCUCAAUGGAGGAAAAACAAAGCAUUGAUCUCAGUGAGCUUUUUGUUGGGAUGAAAGUGGAAAGAAGUAAGAGCACCCCUGUGGUGGAACGACAACAAUAUGGCAGGUAUGACCGAGACCCAUCCACCCCACAACAGAGAUCAGUUGAGGAAGAAUCUCGAUACAGAAGAUCCUGGUCAUCCCAACAAAGCCGAUCAAGGGACCCUAUUAAUGUUGAUUUGAUGAAUGGUAAAAAGCUGGGAAUAUUUGACAUGGCUAAGUUAGAAGAAGUCAAGUCAAGAGAUGAAGGAUCCAUCAUUGGCGAGUCAGUUUUACGUGUAUGGGAGGCAGUUCAUCAACGAGAAUUACAGCUCAGCAUCACUCACCCACCAACCAAUGCCUUUGUGGAAAUGAUUCAGUGGACUAAGCAAGGGAAACUUUGGACAUUCCCCAUUGAUAAUGAAAUUGGUUUAGAGGCAGAGAAACAAGUUGGAUUUCAUGAGCAUAUCUUUCUUGAACACCACUUGGAGGGCUGGUGCCCUGGGCGAGGACCUGUUAGACAUUUUAUGGAAUUAGUGUGUACUGGACUUUCAAAAAAUCCACACUUGACAGUUGAACGAAAAAAGAGACACAUUAUGUGGUACAAAAACUAUUUUGAGUCAAAGCAAGAGACCUUGAAGGAAGUUGGUGCUAUUUAAGUUACCUGCAGGAGAGACAGUAAAACUGCAAUUAACCAAUGCUCAAGGAGACAGUUGAAUUUAUUAUUGGUUGUUCAUAUAGUUUUGUGAGAAAUGGAAGUUAGAAAACUCCAGAAUCAGAAAAUAAAAAGAAACAUGAAAAAGUAACAAAUAACUUUUUCACUUUCCCAAUGUUGAAAACUGUAUAAAUCAUUUUGGAAAUGCUAAUGAGUACCAUCUAUAAAUGGUAGUACUGUAUAGUUCAAUUUUUUGUAGAAUACUGGAAAUGUAUGGUGUAUAGUAUGUAAAUAAAUCCCAAAAUUGA